AUGGCCAAAAAGGCGCGUCAGAGGAUAAGCUAUGUUCUUGAACUCGACCAUUCGUCAUCUGGCGGCCAUAGACUCGGUGUAAACGGUCUUGCAGUAGACCGAGAUAACGCUAUCCUCUACUCUGGAGGUAGAGAUGGAGUUAUCUGUGCUUGGGAUCUGAACCUUGAUUUAAACGGGUAUUCCGAUCGAGGGCUUGCGUCUAGCCAAAAUGCAAAACCCCAACCGACUACCAAAUUCCGCGCAUCGACCCAAGCUCACACCCACUGGGUCAAUGACAUCGUUCUCGCUUCCAACAAUUCUGCCCUCGUCUCCGCAUCUUCCGACCUGACUGUAAAAGUAUGGCGACCCGAACUUGGGGACACCGAACCCCACACCAUCGGCCAACAUGCAGACUACGUUAAGUGUGUUGCGACACCAAGUUCCGCAGACUGGGUCGCAUCCGGUGGCCUUGAUAGAAAGAUAUAUCUCUGGGACCUCAAUGGCAAGGGGAAGUCCCUAGAAAUCGACGUUAGAGGCGAAGAUGUUAGCGAAAAGGCUUCCGUAUACGCCAUGUGUGUCAACCAGAAUAUUCUAGCUAGUGGGGGCCCAGAGUCAAUAGUACGGUUAUGGGACCCCAAGUCGGGGAAGAGGAUCACCAAGCUGGUUGGUCAUACCGACAAUAUCCGUGCUAUAUUAAUGAACGAGGCCGGCGACACUGUUAUGACCGCUAGCUCUGACCAGACCGUCAAAGUAUGGAGCGUCACCGCCGGCAGGUCUGGCUGUUUUUAUAGCAGCGACCGAUCUGGCCUUAUUGUCAAGACUGACACUAGAGGGACCGUGGAGAUGGACGAAGGCCUAUCCGUGGCCGUAGCUCAGGAACACGACGGGGUCAGCAAAUUGGUGGCUUGUGAGGACUACAUAUGGUCGGCUACCUCGAGCUCUUCUAUUAAUAGGUGGACAAAUGUUGAUACUGGCACCGAUGCUCUGCUCCCAGAGGCGUUUAGACACUUGCGGGCUAUUAACACAGUUUCGAGAUCGAGAAAGUCAUCCGCAGCAUCUGCAGAUGGGCAAGGAAAAAACGAAAUUCCAGCUAAGGCGGUAUUACGAAUAUCGAACACUGCAGCUUUCCCGCCGGAACUCGACGAUUCUUCUGAACCCAAUUUGAUGACUAGCGCGGUGUUUAGAAAAGACUCGGAGAUUCAUGAUGAUACCGUUGCCCCUGUUAUCGAGCCUAUACAUCACUUACCGGAAGAAACUAUCGAAGGGCAAAAUGGACUGGUGAAACAUAAACUCCUUAACGACCGACGACGAGUAUUGACUCUUGAUACUGCUGGUGAUGUAUUGUUGUGGGAUCUAAUUAAGUGCGAAGUUAUUCAGAGAUUCGGAAAGAAACACCUCGAAGAUGUUGAACCUGAGAUCAAUACUUUGGAAGCUGUUGCUCCUUGGUGUUCAAUCGAGACAAGUUCUGGCAACUUGACUGUCAUAUUAGAGCCCUUUAAUUGUUUUGAUGCUGAAAUGUAUGCCGAUGAGCUUAUCCUCAUAGAGCCCGUCGAAUUUCGAGAGGAUCAGAGAAUAAACCUUGGGAGGUGGAUUCUUCGAUAUUUAUUUGCGAAGUUAAUCGAUGAGGAAAUCAAGCGAGAUGAGAUCUAUAGACUGAAACUCAAUGAAGGCGUAGAGAAGCGCCAGACAGCUUCUCGACUGAACCCUCCGAUAUCAAUAACUAUACCUACCUCAAACAUGCGAGGGUGGCAAUCCAGCGACUCUCCAGCGACAACCCCAAGAGCGAAUGGAAUCAGUCACCCAUUGAGCCCUGGAUUGGCAAUUGGUGUGGCUACUCCUGCUCCUAACUUGGCAGUAGGGGGUUCCGAGAAUACAGCCGCGCCUGUCAGUCCUCUUGAAAAACCACCCCAGCAGGUGAACCAAUCAUCUAGUGACGAUUACUUCUCUGGUGGUAUCAGCUCAGCAGACACCCCUGCAAAAGCGGCGACGACCCCAGGAGCGACGGAGCAAGCACCUGCUAAAGAAGAAACAUCGAAGUCUCCGGUAGAGACCAAAGAUAAGGAGAAGGAGAAGGAUGUUAAAUCUCCUAGUACGCCCUUCGGCAAAAAAUUCCGAAUGGGCAUGUCUUUCGGGAGUAAGAAACUAGGAAGAUCAGCAUCUACUAACAUCGAGAAGCCUACCGUUACGGAAGAUAAGACAGAAGAGAAUAAGUCGGAAUCAUCUUCAAAUCAUGAAAAGGAGAUUGACGAUAAUUUUCGCGGUGUUGUCCAAAAGAUCCACAACGACUAUGAGAAGCAACUGCUAGAGACUCCGAAUAACCCAAUCGAGACUAAAAUAACGCCAGCUCUCCCCAUUGAUGCGCCAGUAUUGAAGCUCCCGCCCGGUACAAAGGUUAUCAUCCAAGAAGAGACGUCAGGCGGCAGUGCCAACUUGUAUAGGGGCACGGUGAUGAGUGUCGGUGUUGACGCAGAUAUCAUCGAAGAGAAAGCUCCUAUGUGGUUGGGCGAAGUCUUACUUACAAACACGAUUCCGCAGAAAGAUCCAGUUAAGGUCUCGUUCGUACUGCACCCUUGGAAGGAUUCGUUACCUAGUAUUGCGACCACAGAUGGAAACAACCGUCUUAAUGCGAAUAGAAUGUUAAGGGUAAAGAAAAUACUAGCAUAUGUGGCUGAGAGGAUUGACCCACAACCCGAAGAUCUCGAGCCCGAUGAUCUCAAACCUGAGGAAUACUUAGAACUGUAUUGCAACGAUCAGCUACUACCAAACAAUAUGAGCCUUGCAACACUGCGAGCUCAUAUUUGGAAGGGAGGCAACGAUGUAGUCUUGUAUUAUAAAGCGAAUGGUCGUAAGGAGAUUCCCAAAGAGCUCCCACAACCGACACUUGAUGACCCCGCGGUCUCAGAUCCUGGAGGGCAGCAGGCGAUACCACCUAUAGCUACUACCUUUCCGCCGCCGGCCCCAACCCUUCAGCGCUUCCCACAGCGGAAACUGGAUCACGGUGAACGGCACCUCGCGCAUCACGGUGAUGCCCCACCCUCGGUUAAUUCCCGCCAUACCCCCGUCAACCCUAUAUCCCGACGCCGUGAUAAUAUCGCACCCAAGGCCGCAGCACUCGAGCCCCCAUGCAAACCCGCUUGCGCGCGCUGCUUCACAACCUCAGUAGGCACACGGAUCGCGCAAGCCGCAACCUCGCCCAGACUCGCAGCAAGCAUAUCGUCGCUCUUCCCACUAGCACUAAUACUCCGCUCCUGCCGCCUCUUCGCUAGCACGCCCUUCACACCCUCGUACGUGCAGAAGAAAAACGCAGCGCCGGGCGCGCUGCCGACAACCGCGCUCCCCACGCCCCGGUAUAUCCCCCGGAAGCCGCCGGAGGGGAAGAAGCCGUCGCGCGACUGGAGGCGGGUUUUUAGAGUGUCGAGGGGGAAGAGGGAUAGGUCGACUGUGGUGCCGGCUAUGCCGCCGGCGAGGAGGGCCGUGGCGAAGGGGUUGGGACGACAUUGGGGGGUGUGGAUGGGUUGGUGGUGGGAUGUGAAUGGAAUGGGCACGCUCCACAAUGUUCUACAUACAAGUGCGAGGGCGAUUAGCGUCCUCGAGUUCAUGGACGCCGUGCGCGCCACUUGUAUUCCUCGGUUCCCUUAUGCUAGAGGGACGAGCCAUAGGCGAGUUGCCAUAGCUGUGAGUGGAGGCGUCGAUUCUAUGGCACUCGCCUUUCUCUGUUCUCAAGUGCGCAAGAUAGACCCUGACUUCAAGAUAUCUGAUAAUCCUGUAUCUGGAUUUCGGGGCAUCGUCGUUGACCAUGGGCUCCGCCAGGGGUCUAGAGAAGAGGGUCUCGCUGUUCUUAAGGUUCUCAAGGACAUGGGCUUGGUUGAUGAAUUGGUUGCUAUUAACUGGUCUAAGAUACUUGGCGAUUCUCAGCUUCCAAAGGACUUGCCUAACUUUGAGAGCGUCGCGCGCACUCAGCGGUACAGGAAGAUUGGAGCCGUGUGCGCCUUUCGAAACAUUGGUAGUCUUCUUCUAGCGCACCACGAGGACGAUCAGUAUGAGACCGUCCUCAUGCGCCUAUUAAAGGGGCACGGAAUUCGUGGCCUACGCGGUAUAAGGUCAGCCUGUGACAUCCCUGAGUGUCACGGCCUGUUUGGUGCUGAUAAGAGUGGUUUUGUGGACGAUCAAGCUCGCACCUUUCCUUUUCAUAACCUGACCCCUACUAGGAGAGAGCGGAAGCAUAUGCGACGAGAGUUUAGGAAUGCUAUUAGUAACCUCAUGGCUGAGGAGGAAACGGAGGACUGGGCCUCGACUGACUUCGAUAUGAAGGAAUUCUAUCAGACGAAAGACAUUCCAAUAUUUGCACCUAAAGACCUUCCCGUUGAAGAUGGUGGAGUUACCGUCUACCGGCCCCUGCUAGAAUUUAGCAAGGACCGUCUAAUUGCAACUUGUUUAGAGAACAAGGUUCCUUGGUGGGAAGAUGCCACCAAUACGGAUCCUACACUUACGAUGAGGAAUGCUGUCAGGCACCUAUACAAAGGUUACACCCUUCCUAAGGCUUUACAAAAACCAGCAAUCCUUAAUCUCUCGAAGAGGUGUGAGCGGAGAAUCCAGGCUCAGGAGGCUGAGGCGAAUAGACUGCUGAGACGGACUAUUAUUCACGAUCUUGAGCUGCUUACCGGAACUGUGACGGUCCAGUUUCCGAAAUUGGAGCUUCAUAUAGCGAGGAGAGAUUCCCGCUCGUACUUGAGACACCGAGCACGAUUGUUGAAGAAAAGGCAGAUUGCUGCCAUCCUUAUUCGCAAGAUUCUCUUGUUAGUCAGCCCGGAAUCACAGCCACCGCUUCUCUCGACCCUCGAAAAUCACGUUACGCGCCUCUUCCCGUCUCUUGCUCUCCCUGAAGAGCUACCCGUGGCUACACCUCCAAAGGCAUUCAGCAUUUCCGGCGUUUAUCUCGUACCAGUCGAGUCUAACCCUAGCGGUCCGGCCUCCACAAAGGCGGCAAAUCAACAACUAAGCUGGUAUCUUUCACGCGCCCCAUACCCCUCAAUACAACCGCUUCCAACCUUCCGUACGCCGUACUGGGCUACCAAGCGCAACAAAAAGGGGCGAUGGCUGAUGUGUAGUUGGAUGGAUUGGGCGCUAUGGGAUGGUCGGUACUGGUUUCAUAUCAAGCACCGAUUCCCCUAUCGCGUGCUCGUCUUGCCAUUUUUAAAAGAACACGCAAAAGCCUUUCGCGAGCAACUCCCGCCCGAAGACCAGAAGCAGCUGGCUACACUUCUCAAGCGCUAUGCUCCGGGUAAGGUCAGAUACACAAUCCCGGCUUUCUACCUCGAAGAGCCUCUCAGCCUCCUCGAUAUGGAGAACACCACCCCACGGCCCGGGUACCCGAUGCUCCCAUGGAAGGUAGUGAGUACGGAUAGUAACAGUGAGGAUAACAGUAGCGGGGGAGAGAGUGAGAACAACGAAAAACAAGAACCACGUUCUAUGCAUCCCACGAUCCUAGAUACUUCGAAGAUAAAGCUGCUUGCUCUCCCCACGCUGAAGAUCCAGCUCCCAGCGCUCGACAACUGGAUGUCGUACGAGACACGAUAUAGGAAGAUAGAUCGUCAGACACUCCGCACGGCGGGGACGUUUCAUAGGGGCUCGUUUGCGGGGCCGCGAGCGAGCACUUUGCGACUGUCGAAAAAGGGGUCAGAGGUGAAGAAGCCGCGUAGAUAUUUAGAUAGACGGCGAAAUAGAGGUAGACGCUAA